AGAGCGAAGUCGACGACCAUCAUCAAACAUGAUGCGAUGAUAACGGAUCUCUGCUUGGACCACAACAGGCCCGCAAUCAAUGUGAGGCAAUAGUCAGCAGGGGGGCGGUGGUGGAUGAGGAGUAGGAAUGGUGCCACCUGGUGUCGUCGACAUGCAAGUCUGAACAGCCCCCCGACGAAACAUGGGACACCGACAGCACAUGCGUGUGUGCGCCCGGCAAGGGAACAAAGUUGGGAAUGCCCACAUCGGUCCGUCUCUGGGCAGGCAGCACGCCGGCCGCAUCACGAGUCGGUCGGGGCGACAAGGACCGGCGAUGUGGGGCCGGCGAUGGCCGGCGAUGUCCGGCACUGGUCAUCUGACGAUUGCAGAUGUGGCAAGGGACCUCACCCCGCGCCCGUGGAGAAGAGAAGGAUGUCAAUGGUAGUCGUCUCGUCGGAUGAGAAAGUGCGCGCUCUAGCUCGUGAUGCCGCCGUCGUGGAUAGAGGACGUCGAGGGAGCGCCGAUGAAGGCGACAACCAGUUGACCGAUGCAAAUCAAGUCAGAGAUAUUGAGCAUGAGGACCUUUUGGCCACGAAUAUCAUAUCCUUCAGUCUCUCGACAAAGUGCUCUCCUCCUUGGGUAAUUGGGAAGGAAAGAAGCUUGUCUAGUCUACUACUACUACCCAUGUCGGACUUCUGUCGAUGUCACGUGACAGCGCGUAGGUGGGUCCUGAAAAGUGGACCCCCAUGUGGCGUGGCCAAACGUCACGACAGUGAAAUUUUGGUGAGCCGGGGAGGGACCCUGAGAUCGAGCAAGGUGCGCCUUCUCAACAUCGCCAUUUUCUCGCCCCCUUCAAUAUGAUGAGAAGCUCGAAUAAGCCGUACGUUUGCUGGCGAUGUCUCACAGCCAAGACGUCGCUGGCUCCGGUGCCCGGCGGAUCGCGAUUUGUCCCACAGCUUCAGCAGGGCCCCUCUGAUAUCUCCAGAAGAGUAAGUCUUAGACACCCCCCCCCUCCCCCC